AUGGCGUAUAGAUAUGGAGAAUUUUAUGACGUAAUUUGUCAUGAUAACCGAGGGACGAAAAGCGAAGGUUUAAAAAACAAAUUGGAAAACAUUGAACAUUCCGCAAAAGGCGGUCACAAGGCUGUUUGGUGUCUUAUUUCAAUUUGUCAAAUCGAAGCUGACAUAGAAAGACUUGAAUAA